AUGACUCCAUCUCAAGAACUUUCCACCCAUGAUCAUUCCACCCAUGAUCAUUCCAAGCAUGCCAAAACCAUGACUCAUGAAGAUUCUAUUGCUGCCAAUAUCGCACAAUUCAAUGAAGAAUUUGCUCAAACUUAUGAACAAUUAGAUUCACAAAGGACCUUAUCACUCUUAUUCACCAAAUAUAUCCUUGAGUAUGAUUUCGCCAAUCCUACCAAAAGAAAAUCUGCCGAGGAAACAAAAAUCCCAAUUGGAGAUCCAAAUUUAGAAACUAAUGGAUUAACUGUUCAAAACACUUUACCUGAUCCAACAACCUAUUUAUCUAAUUUCCCCAACACCGUCUUCAAACCAGGAAUGAAAUUAUUAGAUUUCGCAUGUGGACCAGGAUUGGUGACACAAUUAUUCGCCCCUUAUUUAAUUGGCCAAACACCAUCCGAAAUUGUCGGUAUGGAUAUUAGUCCCGUGUUUCUUCAACAUUUCGAUCAACGAGUUGAAAAAUUAAAAAAUGAUAAAUUGGAUUUCAAUUCCUAUCAAUAUGAUAUCAUCUCCCAAGAUCCCCAAAUUCAACAACAACUCAAACAAUUUGAGAAUAAAUUCGAUGCUAUCAUAUGUACGAUUUCAUAUCAUCAUAUUGAUAAUUAUCAAAUGGUAACCAAAAAACUCGCUACCUUCUUAAAACCAGGCGGUUGGUUAUUCAUUGUAGAUUUCUAUAAUGAAGAUGUCGAAGACCCCAAUGCAAACCCCAACAAUCCUUCUGUGGCUCAUAUGGGAGGUUUAAAGAUUGAUGCAUUGAAUCAUACUUUGGGUGAUAUUGCGGGGUUGAUUAAUGUGAGUAGUGCUUGUGAAUUUAGGACUCCUUUGUGGCAGAUUGAAGAUUUUAUUAGGAAUCAUUUGAAUGAAAAAACGGUUAAGAAGAUGGAGAAGGGGGAAUUGCCUGAGAAGAGUAUUCUUGGGAGGAAGACGGGGUAUUUGGUUGAGUGUAGUAUCAUUUAUGCUGUUGGUCAAAAGAAGCCAUUAGUUUGA